AUGUCGCUCGUCUCGGGAGAGAAGUCGAACUUCCAGUUCAUUCUCCGUCUUCUCAACACCAAUGUUGACGGAAAGCAGAAGGUUAUGUACGCCUUGACCAAGAUCAAGGGUGUCGGUCGCCGAUACUCUAACUUGGUCUGCAAGAAGGCCGAUGUCGAUCUGAACAAGCGCGCUGGUGAGCUCACCUCCGAAGAGCUCGAGCGAAUCGUCACCAUCCUCCAGAACCCCACCCAGUACAAGAUCCCUACAUGGUUCAUCAACCGACAGCGCGAUAUCGUCGAUGGCAAGGACUCCCACAUCCUUGCUAACGGUGUCGACUCCAAGCUCCGUGAGGAUCUCGAGCGCCUCAAGAAGAUCCGCGCUCACCGUGGUCUUCGACACUACUGGGGUCUCCGUGUCCGUGGUCAGCACACCAAGACCACCGGUCGCCGUGGCAGGACCGUCGGUGUCUCCAAGAAGAAGGGUGGUUAA